CAAAAGAAUAGGCCUAAUUCUGUAGCGAUGUAAACAAAUUUAAGAAUGUCAAAGAAAAGAGGAAAGCAACAGAUUUCUUAUAAAUCUUUGAUAAAAAGCGAUUGCUUAACUUCAAUUGGACAUUUAACUCGCCUAAGGAAUGUUCAACAUUUUAUAGAGAAAGAUGAAUCUAUUGAUGGAAUAUUAGCAAUAGGAGGCGUAGAUAGCUGGCAUCAUGAUGGUAGUAUGAAACUAUUGAACUAUAUAUUUUUCGAUAUAUUAGAAACUAUCGGUAAAGAUACUGAAAAAUACAAUACUGAAGAUGAAAUAUUAGAAGAUGUAGUUUUAUUGAUAAAUAAGGACAAUGUUCAUUUCUAUUGCAAUCCUUUAAAUUAUAAUUUCUUUUUAAAUGUCUUCGCAAAUUGGGACAAUUUAGAAUUGUAUUGUAUUAAUAAUAAUAAGUAUGAUCAAGAAGUUGGUGAAGAUUAUAAAAUUCGUUGUUUUAUUAAAAUGAUAAAACCAACGAAAAGAGUUGGCAUUUUAACAACCAACUCUAACAGUAAAAUAGGAAAAAUGGACAUAGAAAAAUGGCCAUUAAUUCAAGCUUUCGCUCUAGAAGAUUUUAAUGCUGGUGGAUUCUUUACUCUCCAACACGAGGUCAAAUUUAUCACACCAUCGCAAACUCUUGAUCUCAUUGAAUUGAUGGAUUGUUACGGUCUUGAAAAACUCCUUAUUAAUGAUUUCGCUUUGUUUGAGCGUCAUUGGGAAGAAGUUAUUCAAAACUUGAAAAGAUAUUUAUCUAAACCAAAGGAUCUGAAUGAAACAGAAAUAUGCGAGCCUCUUCUAUCUUAUUAUAAUCAUUAUAUGAGAAAAUAUCCAACGGAAACGAAAGCAAAGCUUGAACAACGACUCAAACCAUUUUGUUUAUUCGGUUCAAAUACGGCAAAGACCACUUUGAAACCUUUAAUUAGUCGUCAACAUUGGAUGGAGUCUUCUUGCACUUUAGAAAAUACUGGGAUUAAUGGAGAUAUAGCAGGUCAUAUCAUAUGCUGCGCCACUGAACCAAAAUCAGGUUUCGUCUUUGCAAGGACUCUUUUCACAAGAAAUGGUUGUUUAAAAAUAAAUGGUAAUACAAAGAAAGAGUCUUUGACCGAGAGGACGAUAUCUGAAAAUGACGAAACUAUUCGACGACUCCAAAGGAUAUACACAUCACUUAGGAGUGCUGUAAGAACUAUUUUGGAGCAAGCGUCAGAUUUCGCAUCGAAUCCUUCUCAAUUAAAGGCUCAUUGUUUGAAAGAAAUUCCCAGAUACUUGGACAAAUUUCACGUGUCAAGGCCGCUAAUUCGACAUUGCGCAUCAAAUUCAGAAGUUUGGUGCCGAUUAGAAAGGUCUAAUGUACUUUCUUUAAUGGUUGCCAUCUACGACAUACAAAAUGAAGAAGGUGAAAUAAUUGGCUCAUUGACCUAUGGCGAUUCCAUUUUUAUUUCCAACCCACUGACGUCGACCCUCCUACCUAGGAUGGCAGCAGAUGUAUACUUAGAUGUCGAGGGUGAUGCUGAGGACGUCCGCCACGCUCUAUUUGGAAAGAGGUUGGCUGAGGGAACAUCAAGCAUCUUUGUCCCGGGUACACUGGCCUACUUUAAUGAAGUUAAAGUAGCUUUUUAUGAAAGAGGUUUAUCAUUCGAACACUGUCAUCUGGCUCCCGUUUUACUUUUGGAUGAUGUUGUUUGGCAAAAGAUAAUUUAUGAUCGGCAAUCGAUAGAGGAACCCCUGGUUAUUUGCUUCCGACUUCGUCGGCUAGCAUGGGAUUACAUACCACUUUGUUUGUCAAACAACGAGUGCAUGCUAGUUCUUUGGAUAGAUUCAAGGAGUGAUCAAACUUCUAGGAUCUUAUCAAGUCAUUUUUUUUCAAAAAUUCUUCCAUUGUGGAAAGAAAACGACAAGGUUGAAUUGAAAGUGGCAUCAGAACUACCAAAAGCCGUUGGGGAAAUAUAUGAAAAUUGCGAAAGAAAUCGAGAAUUCCUUAAACAAUGGCAAAAUACAACUUUGAAGAAAUUUUCCCAAAAUGCAACCAACUUUAAUAGGUUUAUGAAAGAUUAUGACAGAAACUGCUACUUUAAAAUCAAACAAAAUGACGAAAACGACUCUGGGGCAACUGCGGGUUACCGUACAGCCGUCCAAAAUCUAGAUCAUACGACGCACAUCGUCUGUUCAACUCUUGGGUCAUUUACCAGGCAAUUCUUUGACUGUCUCAGAAGUAAUAUCAAUGACAGAGAUGUAGCUUUGAUAGCUGAUGAGCAACUUUGGUGUCCAGAGCAAACUAAUUACGAUAAAAUUUAUCAAAAAUAUACAAGCAUAAAAGGAAAUUCUAUACUAGCCCUUCCAAUUAACGCUAAUCUCUUACAGAUUAUUAAUAAAUUAAAGAACGAAAAUAUUCAAAUUGGAUCGAUUACCACUUGCGUCAAUGCUUCAACGGUUUUUCCAAAUAAAGAAACAAAGGAAUUAUCUCCGAAUUUACAAAAUAAUAUUCGACUUUCAACAACAAUUAUAUGGACAACACCAUCUUCAUACGCAUUAGAUAAAAACUUGGAAAUACAAAAGAUGAUAAGAGCAAUGAAUGCUAACGCUGUCUUUAUGACUGGACCUGAAGGUAUUGUUAGCGGUAACAAAUUCGUUGAUACUGUUUUCACUGUGGGAAAUGGUGAAGAAAUAGAUCAUUUUAUCCGUUUUUAUCAAACUUAUCGAACAUCUCUACUCGGAUUUUCUGAGAAAUUAGUCAAUAUAUCUAAUAAAGGAUGUUUUGACGAAAGAUUAUUCUAUAAUGGAUUUAUUGGUCAGAAUCUUCUUAUAUAUUUUGCCACAAUCAUUAGUCUUAAUCCUUUUCCUUAUUAUUGUCCCCAAACAGCUCUAUCUCAAACUAAGAUAUCCGAUUUACAGAAAAUAGUGUACAUUUACGGCUUUGUUAGAUUUUCUGCUUCCGGUGAAUUAAAUGAAAUUGAAGUUUGUCCUUCCGGAGGAUAUUUUAAUUCCAUCAAACAGAAUAGAAAAGGAUCUUCAUAUCUAAUAUUCUUAACAGUUGGAGAUGUGCAGUUAAAGUUCUUGAAAGAAUGGUUGGAAAAGACAAAUAAGUCUAAGAAACCCCUUCUGAGGGAUCUAAAGAAAAGAGAUUCUCUAUCCGCAACUGAAAUUGAAAAGAUUCAAUCCCAAAAAUCAAAAGAACCAUUACCCGAUGGAUGGUUUUAUAACGGAUCGCAAUACGUUUCUAUGAGUGGUGAAAGAAGCAACUAUCGGCCAGAUAUCGACGGAUUUAUUGAUGAAUAUUUAGAAAGUGUAAACCUUAAAGUAAAGGAAUUUAAUUUUAAACAAGAGAAAACCGAAUACGUUGGUUUAUUCUAA